AUGGGUGAAGAGAACCACCAUGCACCGCCACCUGUUCAGGCGCCUCCGGCGGGUCCACCACCACCGAAUCUUGCACUUUCUAGAGGUCCCGUUUGGAAUCCAGCUGAACAACUCUUGCAACUUCACUAUUGCAUCCACUCAAAUCCUUCUUGGCCGGAGGCGCUUCUACUGGGUUUUCAACACUACAUUGUUAUGCUUGGAACAACUGUUCUGAUUGCAACCACGCUGGUUCCUGCUAUGGGUGGGGACCAUGGUGACAAGGCUCGUGUGAUUCAGUCAUUGUUGUUCAUGUCUGGGGUGAACACACUGCUUCAGACUUGGUUUGGGUCAAGACUUCCAACUGUUAUGGGUGGAUCAUUUGCUUUUUUACUUCCAGUGUUGUCCAUAAUAAAUGAUUACACAGACAGGACAUUCUCUUCUGAGCAUGAGAGGUUCAUCUACACUAUCAGAACGAUUCAAGGAUCCCUCAUUGUUUCUUCUUUUGUCAAUAUCUUCCUUGGGUUUAGUAAGACUUGGGGAAAUUUGACAAGAUUGUUUAGCCCCAUAAUCAUUGUACCUGUGGUAUGUGUUGUGGGUCUUGGUCUGUUUUCCAGGGGCUUUCCUUUGCUUGCAGAUUGUGUGCAGAUUGGCUUACCUAUGCUCAUUCUACUGGUCAUGACACAACAGUAUCUAAAGCGUCUUUAUCAUGCUGCGCAUCAUAUACUUGAGAGGUUUGCUUUACUUCUCUGCAUUGCUGUCAUCUGGGCAUUUGCUGCUAUCCUUACUGUUGCUGGUGCAUACAAUACUGCUAAAACACAGACCCAAGUGAGUUGUCGCACAGAUCGCUCAAACCUAAUGUCGUCUGCUCCAUGGAUUAAAGUUCCAUAUCCAUUUCAGUGGGGUACCCCCAUAUUCAGAGCUAGUCAUGUCUUUGGGAUGAUGGGGGCAGCACUCGUCUCUUCUGCUGAGUCAACUGGUGCUUUCUUUGCUGCAGCCAGGCUUUCUGGUGCAACACCACCACCUGCACAUGUGCUCAGCCGAAGCAUUGGGCUGCAGGGCCUUGGCAUGCUGCUUGAAGGCAUAUUUGGUUCUGUUGUUGGUACUACUGUAUCUGUUGAAAACGUUGGCCUACUUGGUCUAACACAUAUAGGGAGCCGAAGAGUAGUGCAAAUAUCAUGUGGUUUCAUGAUCUUUUUCUCUAUUUUUGGGAAAUUUGGAGCCUUUUUUGCAUCGAUUCCCUUACCCAUAUUUGCUGCUCUAUACUGUGUUUUGUUUGGUAUUGUGGCUGCUGUUGGGAUUUCUUUUAUACAGUUUGCAAAUAGCAAUUCCAUAAGAAAUAUAUAUGUUCUGGGCCUAACCUUGUUUCUAGCUAUAUCAAUUCCACAAUAUUUUGUCACUAGCACUGCACCAGAUGGUCAUGGUCCAGUUAAAACAGAUGGUGGAUGGUUUAAUGACAUUUUGAACACCAUAUUCUCUUCUCCCCCAACUGUGGCUAUAAUUGUUGGGACUCUCAUUGACAACACACUUGAAGGCAAACAUACAGCUGUGGACAGAGGACUUCCAUGGUGGGGUCCUUUCCAGAAUAGAAAAGGAGAUGUUAGAAAUGAUGAGUUCUACCGUCUACCUCUCAGGAUAAAUGAGUAUAUGCCCACCAGAUUUCUCUAA